ACAUCUCAGCUGGCAGACAUUUAAAAGGGAGACAGUCCGGCGCUGGAGCAAUUUGUUUUAAACCCCCUGGCCCCUGUCUAUGGAGCGGUUGGUCUCCCACCCAUUCACAGUCCCGCCAGUGUUCAGUCGACAGCAGUAGGUGCUUAUCACCUCGGACGGUGCCGUAGAGGACUGACAGGAUCAGAUCAUCGCACUUGCAGCAGUGGAGGCUCGCACAGGAUGGCAAACUCUACGCGUAUCUUGUGCAGUAUGGUUUUCAUCAUGGGGUUGCUAUCCUCUGCCGUGGAUUCCAAAAGAAACCGAGGUUCACAAGGCGCCAUUCCUCAUCCUGACAAAAGCAACCCAAACGAAUCGGAGCAGCAACCGCAGCCUCCGCAGGCGGGCUCCGGGUCCCGGCAGAGGCAGGGCUCAUCCUCACCGGCCGACGAGGUGCUGGAGUCCAGCCAGGAAGCGUUACAUGUGACGGAGCGCCAGUAUUUGAAACGGGACUGGUGUAAGACGCAGCCACUCAAACAGACCAUCCACGAGGAGGGCUGCGUCAGCCGCACGAUCAUCAACCGAUUUUGUUACGGACAGUGCAACUCCUUCUACAUCCCCAGGCACAUCCGCAGGGAGGAGGGAGCCUUCCAGUCUUGUUCGUUUUGCAAGCCGAAGCGUUUUACCACCAUGACUUUUACUUUGAACUGUCCGGACCAGCAGCCACCCACCAAGAAGAAACGCAUCCAGCGCGUCAAACAGUGCCGCUGUAUAUCCAUAGACCUGGACUAAAGACGCACAGAAAUGUGUUGUGUGUGUGUUUUCAUAUUCUUAUUCUUUGCAGACAGGAUUGUUGGCAGUAAAAAAAAAAAGAAAGGCUGUCACACAGCCAGGAACACGUGCCUAUCUCCAUCUAGGAGGAAACAUCCAAGAAGGCUUCCUACGUGUAGGCUACAACGAUUCUCGUCUUGCACAGCGUGUGACAACAAAUAUGGACAUGCAAUUAAUAAAAUGACGCUGGACUGCAAAGAACAGUUUACUCCUCACCAGUUUGCAAAAUCUGACAACAAGCAUCACUGCACGGGAACGCUGACUUGGAAUGGGCACAAUUUACGCACGGCUUCCUCCCCCCAAGAGGACUGCAUAAUCCCGGUUUAUUUAAUCAAGUCACUGUUCAAAACGCAGGAAAACAUUCUUGUCCAAAUUUUUGUGUUAUUAUAUAAGUUCGUUUAACUGGCUGUUUCCACUGUGUGGAAUUUAAUGGAUGCUGUGACGAUAUUUGUAAAUGGAAAAUGUGAUUUCGAUAUUUCAAGAAUCUUUCGAGGUUAACUGAUUUCUGUGAAUUUAGUAUAUCAGUAAAGUUUUUUUGUAAGCUGUGCCUACUCAGUUGUAGAGACAAUAGGCUUCUUUGUUAGUUAAAACGGACAAUGUACAGUGGGGGGUUUCUACAGUAUCGAGAUUUAGGCCUAAUAGUUGUAAAAAUGUAAAGCCAUCUUUGAUGUAACAGUUUUUUUUAUCCCUUUGAUUAAAUUAUCCACGAAUACAUAAAAUAAACGGAUGCUGGAAUAUUG